GCCCGAUAAAGUGAUGUCUUGUUAUCUCCUCCAGGCAUUCUGGGCAAUGCUAGUUUGACAAACUCUUCUUGGCACUAGAUGGACAGGUGUCUCCGUCAUAUACAGGCGCGCUACAGAUUGAAGCCGCCGCAGCCUACAUUCGCUCGCUGCUACGACAUUGGCUCCGCAGCUUGCCCCACGCGCUCGAGACGGCGAUAGAGAGGUGUCCUGGGAAAUUGGCGGCCGGCACGGUGUGCCGAUACCUUCCAAUAUGGCUAUUCGAUGGCGCUCCCAGAGUGUAGUCUUAGCUGUUCUCGUCACAUUUAUAUUCUUUUUUGUGUUGCAGAACGACAGAUUGAGAGGGGUCUCGAUCACCCCUGAUCAUGAAAAUCCCGGAGGAACACCCGCCGAGGCCCAGUUCGAUGAGAAGAUGGAAGAGGAAUUCAUGAAGGAGCUUGAUAUAUUUUAUGGCGAGGUUCAGAAGACACAAGUCACAGGAGCAAUUUAUACCCCGACCUUGAAGAACCUCGAAACAAAUGCUACGAUUAUGGACCAAAUAAGAUACCCUAAUGCAUUGAGCCCUCUAGCGAUCGAGGUGCCAUAUAGCCCUAUACCGGCAAAAUCAUACUGUCCCCAAUAUGAGAUCCAAGACAAGAAUCAAUGGGCAGUCAGUCACCCCGCAAAAUUCACAAACUGCGGAAGCCCCUGGAGCAAUUUUGGCAUAUCAGACAAUAUCCAAACCUUUGCAGGCAAUCCUAAGGGAUUCCCGUCCCCGGGAUUUGGAGACCGCGACGCCCUGGACUGGGAGAAAUAUACGUGCUUUGACAGGCAGGGACGGUUCGGUCGAUAUGGCUACAUAGAAGGGAAAGGGGAAUCGGAGAUCAAGCCAGCGAUUAACUGGGAAUCUGUUAAUUGGGGCGCGCUUCAAGAUCAUUGCCUUUACAAGAAUGUUGAGCGAUUCCCAAUGCCCCGUACCGAACCUGGACAGAACCUCAAGGGGUUGGGUUGGAUAUCACCAAUGGACCGCUCGCAUAUGAAGCGAGGCAUUCAACGGAGACAGGAUCCUGCGAAAGGAGAGAUUCCACGGCCGCACCCCAAUAGGGUGCCUCCACCACCAGUCGCAAACAGGACUGCUAUCCUUAUACGCGCCCGCUACGACACUGUCUAUAGAGAUAACGACGUGCUCAAUAUUCGUGCAUUAAUCAAUGAGCUCUCCUUCAAGACUGGGGGCGAGUACCAGGUUUACCUCUUAGUCGAAGUCGAAGACUGCGACGACGCAACAUGGACAGACAAAAGCCUCUACGACGCCGUAGUCGCCAAAUCCGUCCCACCCGAAUUCAGCGAAAUGGCACACAUCUACACCGAACGCCUUCUUCGCUCCUGGUACCCCGCCAUGCCCUCCAAGGCUGAUAUUGGUGGCCCUGUCCUCGAGAAACUCGAAUGGCUCCCCAUCCAGCGCUUUGCGCAUCUCAAUCCCUCAUACGACUAUUUCUGGAAAUGGGAUCUCAACGUGCGCUUCACAGGGCACUACUACGACCUCGCAAAGUCCCUACCGCGCUUUGCGCAGCGCCAACCCCGGAAGUGCCUCUGGGAACGCAACGAGCGCCUGGCGACGCCCUCCCUUGAUGGGCCCUACGAGACCGUCUUCCGCGAUAAAGUCGAGAAAGAAUCCGACCCCGAGGGCAUCAUCUGGGACGUCCCCGUCGUCCCGGAGUUUACGCAACAAGGUCCCAGGCGACCGGCCGCUGAGGAAGCUAAGAACGAGCACUUCAUGUGGGGACUGGGCGAGAAGGCGGACUUAAUCACACUGUUCCCGAUCUUCAACCCGGUCGGCACGACGUGGAGCGGUCGCAAUGAUGUCUGGGGAUAUAAACAUGGCAAGAACUUGGCGCGCCGUGCGACGGCCGGAACAUUCGGGAUAGCGUCAAAGAGACUCCUUAACCUUAUGCAAAAGGAGUCCCUUGAGGGGCGUUUCCUAAAUGCUGAGAUGGCGGCGCCCACGGUGGCGCUGCUACAUGGACUAAAAGCCGUGUAUGCGCCUCAGCCGAUUUGGUUUGAGCAUGCGUGGAUCGGUGAGGGCUUGCGGAAAUACUUCAAUUCAGGCCCGAGGAAGGAGGUGGGGAGUAGCCAGAGGAGUUUAUACGGUGGUGGGAAGAGAGGGCUGCUCUGGGAGGGGAGUACUUUUGAUACCAACUCGAAAGCAGCGGCUAAGAUGUGGGAUAAGUGGAUGGGGGUGGGGGAGGGUGCGGCUGAGUUCGAGAAAAAGAACGGUCGCAUGUGCCUCCCGCCCAUGCUACUCUUCCCCGUCCAGGACAAAUCACCCGUCGUGUGGAAGUAUACGCCACCAGCUGGCGUUGGAAGUCCGAAGAACUAAUCAAACCCAGACGACUUGGGACUUUUUCAUGGAUAUAUAUUUUUGGUCUUGGUUUUAGCAAUAUCCGAUUUGUACUGUAUAGAUCUACGAGUUCAUUGGAUAACGGCGUUUGGGAAGGAUGGGGUCUAGAUUCUCAUGUAGAG